AUGAUUCAGAGGAAGGAGGUUGUUCUGUCAGUCCUGGGGGAGCUGCAGGAUGCUACAGAGAGCUCCGGCCUGGACGCCCUCACCAGGGUAGCUCUGGAGGUCCACCAGGUCCUGACCCCCUUCACCCUACCCUCCUCCUCCUGCCAGGAGUUCCCUGACUGGGCAGGCAUCGACGGCGUGGCCCAUAGCCUGUACCCUGCUGACGCCCCUGGAGGCCUCCUACCUCUGGUCUGUAAGGGAGAGGGGAACCUGCUGUUUGAUGCAGCCAGCAUGCUGCUAGUGGGGACUACUAGUCUCAGUGUGGAGCUACAGGUGAGCAGGAAGUGUUUCUUUUUGCAUUUGAAAUAUGUGUUUCAUUGGCUUCUGUGGAUUUUGUAUUUCCAAAGCAUGAAGGUUAUAAUUGACGUCAUUUUGAAUGUGGAUAACUCAGAGCUAAAAUGUAUUUUCCAUGUUUUCAAAAAUAUAAAAAUACUGCAUUCUGACAACACAUGUUUGCAAGAUUAUAAUUAGUUACUGUAUCGGUCUGUAGCCUAAUUUGUACUGUACGUGUCCUCCGUUCCCUCCAGGUGCGUACGGUGGUGGACAUGCUGCUGUGGAAGAGGUACUACCUGGGUGGUAUGAUCGACUCCAAGGUGAUGCUGCAGGCAGCCAGGUUCAGCCUGUGUGCCGAGGAGUCCCAGGAUAUGCUCAACCUCCCCCUCUCCGUCCUCGAGGCUAUCUUCGACGCCGACGUCAAAGCCUCCUGCUUCUCCGGCUCCUACGCCAACAUGUGGCACCUCUACGCCCUCUCCUCUGUCCUCCGGUGCAACAUCUACUCUGUCUACCCCAUGUACAACCUCAAGAUACGGCCCUACUUCAACCGCCUGAUAAGACCGAGGUCCUACCCCGAAGACCUGGAUCCUAUCACCAUGCACAUCAUGUGGUCUGGAGAGCUGGAGGGGGGCUCCACCAGCUCCAGGUUCAGACCCAGAGUCUUUGUAGCGUUAGUCCAGGCUAGUGACCUCCAGGUGGGCAGUCCUAACGACGAGCAGAGGGUCCCCCCGCUGAAGUCCCUGGAGCUUCUCAAGCGGGACUCCCACCUGUCUUACUCCAGUCUGAAGGACAAGUACAACAUCACCAAGAGCACCUUCUACCGCUGGAGACGGCAGACACAGGAGCACCGCAAGAAAUCUGCUGCCAGGUCCACCUCUAUACAACUCCUUAAUACUCUUUGUCUGUUGUAGAUACUGAUGACAUCAGCACCAUGGCACUCUGGCACUUUCCCACUUUUUAAUGGCUUGUUGUGUUUGUUUGUGUUGUUUGGUCUGUAUGUUUUAACCUUCUGCUGACAUUGAAUGAGUAUUAAUCUGUCUAUCUCUUUCUGUGAAGGUACGAGGCCAAACACUUCGUCCAGGCGUGCUACCUGGAAGGGAAUCUUAUCCCACUGCACCAGUUUAAAGAGUUCUUCCCUGAGAUCUCCAGGUAAAUAAGACACUGAAAGCACCGUCAACACAGUUCAGAUCCCCACAUGAUGUACUUCUUUUAUCGUUUUUUAAAUGGUUCAAAAAAUUAUAUUGAUUUUUAACUUGACUUUUCUGUGCCCAGAGAGCCAUGGUCAUGCUGCCGUUGUCUUGUAUAGUUAUGCUGCUGAAUGACCUUUCCUUUGGAACAACAACAAUGUGAUUCUCUUCUAGGUCCACCUACUACGCCUGGAAGCACGAGCUGAUCUCGUCCGGCGGCAGUUUCUCCACGGGGGAGGUGAGUCCAGGGGACAGCACGGAGCAGGAAUCCUGGUCCUCCCCUGAGUCCAAGCCCGGGCAGGAGGACCGUGAGGUAGAGCCAGAACCAGAGCACCACAACAGCGUGGCCAGUCUGUUUGGCCUGAACUACAACAAUGAUAAGAUGGACGGGGAACGGGCCCAGAACCUGGCGCUGAUGCAGGAAGCCAAGAAGGUUCUUCAGAAAUGCAUCGCUAUGAACACCUCGUUCCCCUUCAGGAUCUUCAAGAGGAGCUUCCCAGGCAUCUCCAGGUCAGCGACAACGAUUUGACUGAUGUAUAGCAUGGCCUUUAAUCAAUGAUUUGUCUUUUUGUUAUUGUAUUCAUCUUUUUUUUUUUUUGCCUUCUGUUUUCUUUCUUUCUCCCGCCUUCAUUUUAUUGAUUUACUGUUAAGUGUGUUUACAAUUUGAAAUGGAGUUUAACUAAAGUUUUAAUUUGAAAUAAUCCAGAUCCACAUACUACAACUGGAGGAGGGAGGCUAUGCUGUUCAAUAGAAGCUACAAGGCUAGACGCAGUGAAGACGGCUCCGAUGCGGAUAAGAGUAGCCCCACCGGUGGUCUGUCCCCUAUCAGGGGGACUGAGAGCCAUGGUCACGCUGCCGCCGUCUUCCCCAGAAUGAAGAUCUGUAGAAACAACCGUAAAGGCUUCAGGCUGGUGUUCCUACGCAGGAAGAAACUGAGAGAAGCAGCCAAGGUGAAGUUGUGGAAGUCAAGAUGGCCGUUGUCCAAGUUCAAAGUGAACUACCCCUCCCUGUCACUCUGUUUCUAUUGGAUGUGGCGCAACGGCCCGAGUCAAAACAGGAAGGAGGAAAUCACCCACCCGUCUCUAGAGGUGAACAGACCUGAGAAUAUUAUGGAGAGCGACAACCCAGUAAUGGAGAACGUUAACGCCGUGACGAAGAGUGAGAUGAAGACGAGGGGUCUGACACAGGACGUGUUCUUCUCUGAGGGGGAUCCAACAGAGGGUCCGAGAGGCCCUUCCACAAUAACCUCUGUGACACCCCCCUUUGAUGCCCCUCUCCCUCUACCCAGGUCCCCCCUGCCCCUCCCCAACCCAGCCAAGAUGUCCGCCGCCGCCACCACCGCAACAGACGACCAGAUGUUUGUGAUGGAUCUGGUGGUCCUGGCCAACUUCAAGGCCAAGGCCAAGCUGUUCCUCCAGCAACGCUUCGAGGAGAAGUCCUUCCCCACCUUCAAAGAGUUCAGGUCCUACUUCCCCCUGACUCCCCGCUCUACCUAUUAUAUGUGGAAGAGGGCCCUGCAUCACGGCGUGCCACUGGUACAUGGCUGA